UCGAAGCGCGCGUUGCACUCUGGGUCAGCGUAGCCAUGGCGGCCCGUGUCCUCUCCGCUUGUGUCCGCCGCCUGCCAGCGGCUUUGGUGCCGCCGUCCCGGCCUCGGGCCCCCGCGCUCGCCUUGAUCCGACAGCUCGGCUCGGCUUCGUGCGUGGCGGCGGGGCGAUGGAGGAGGGCGGCGGUAGCGGCCCCUGCACACACGCAGGUUUCAGGGAUAUUCCUACAGUUUGGCCGCCAAUAUAGUGACAUGCCCCCUCUGACGCUGGAGAGCAUUAAGGACCGCGUCCUCUAUGUCUUGAAACUAUAUGAUAAGAUUGAUCCAGAAAAGCUUUCAGUAUCUUCCCACUUCAUGAAAGACCUGGGCUUGGAUAGUUUGGACCAAGUAGAAAUUAUAAUGGCCAUGGAAGAUGAAUUUGGGUUUGAAAUUCCUGACAUAGACGCAGAAAAGUUAAUGUGUCCACAAGAGAUUGUAGAUUACAUUGCAGAUAAGAAAGAUGUGUACGAAUAAAGUCUUUUUAAAAAAAAAAUCAAAUUUGCCGAAAAUUUUUCAUUUUUAACUGACAAUCCUUUUUUACCCAGAGGACUCGGAUGAUCCCAGCGAGUGUCCGAAUGUGAGAACACAUUAUGAGACCGUUGCUGCUUUUGUCGGAGUAUUUCUGUUGGAACUAUAUUUAAGUUGUCUAAAUAUGUGCUGGCCUUUAAAAAAUAAAUACAUAAAAUCAGUA